AUGGGGAAGCACGACAUGUCCAAGUCUGAUUCCCAGAGAAUCCAGUCGAGCCAGGCGAAAUCCGGCGGCGACAUGUCGUCGAGGGGCUUUGCCUCUCGCGCUCAGGGCUCCGCAGACCGCCACGCGGCGAGUUCUGGCCAACAGGGUGGGAGGAUCGGAGGCAGUGGCGGCGGCGGCGGUGGCGGCCAGUCCAAGAGCUCCGGAGGCUCGAGCGGUGGUGGCGGGAGGGCCAACAGGAAGUAA